GCUAAUUUAUUACUGUAGCUAGCUAAUUUAGCUAGUCUAGUACAAAUUAUUUUAGCUCGCUGAAGUUGCAAGAACUAGCCACUCCGAGGCUGUUUAGUUAGCUAAAUAGCAAACUAACUUAGCUACUGUAGUUGUCUACAAACGUUACCAACUUUGCACAGUUCGCAGUCAGCAAUGCAGAAGAGUGACGUUAGCUGAUGGCUAAAACUAGCGGUGUUGCAGCCGAGUUGUUGUUGACUCUUGAGACAUGCCUCCCACACAGGAGGUUGGUGGCACCUUAAUUGGGGAGGACAGGCUCGUGGUAAUGGCUGGAGUGGAACGGUAUAUCAAAAUGAUACCAUUCCAUUUACUCCGUUCCAGCCAUAUGAGCCGUCCUCCCUCCAGCAGCCUCCACCGGUGGUGCUCCCCCGCGACUUAAGGCACCGGUUUAUUGUUGCCAGGUGAUUGGGACCACAACGCCUUCAUUAGCGGGAAGAGAGCCGGGAUAAUUCAAGGACAUAUGGCAAAGACGGGUGCAACGUUUGUCUGAUGGUUUUACAGUUGGCAAUGUUGGGUAGCCAGUCUGUAGCUUCCCUGACGACCAAAUGCCUGGUACAGUUGUUGUGGUGGUGUACUACUCACUGGCUGUCUAGCCAGCUACAUCAUACAUGUCAGAGGGAAGAUGUUCGACAAAGUUAUUCGUUAUUUCUUUCAAAACCUGACAACUAAAUGCAAAGUCAAUGAAGAUGAGGAGAGAAUCUUAUCUACAGCUGGGGAGUUACAGAUUGAGGACUUCAAAGUUCUGACAAUCCUUGGUAAGGGCUCCUUUGCGUGUGUUUACCGGGCAAAGUCAGUUAACACUGGCUUGGAGGUGGCGAUCAAAAUGAUUGACAAAAAAGCCAUGCACAAAUCUGGUAUGGUCCAGCGUGUGAGUAACGAAGUGGAGAUUCAGUGUCGAUUGAAGCAUCCGUCAAUACUAGAGCUGUACACCUACUUUGAAGACAGUAAUUAUGUGUACUUGGUGUUGGAGAUGUGCCAUAAUGGAGAGAUGAGUCGAUACCUGAAAGAUAGGAAGAUGCCCUUCUCAGAGGGUGAAGCAAGGCACUUCAUGCAUCAAAUUGUGAAAGGUAUGCUGUACUUGCAUACACAUGGCAUCAUGCAUCGGGACCUGACCUUGUCCAACCUGCUUCUGUCGGGCAAUAUGAACCUUAAAAUAGCUGACUUUGGCCUGGCCACCAAGCUGAAGCUCCCCAGCGAGAAGCACUUCACCAUGUGUGGCACACCCAACUACAUCUCCCCAGAGGUGGCCACCCACAGUGCCCACGGCCUGGAGUCUGAUGUCUGGUCUCUGGGCUGCAUGUUCUACGCCUUCCUGAUGGGCCGGCCACCGUUUGACACAGACACGGUCAAGCACACCCUCAACAAGGUGGUUCUGGGGGAGUAUGACAUGCCCAGCCAUGUGUCCCAGGAGGCCCAGGACCUGAUCCAUCAGCUGCUGAGGAAGGACCCUGCGCAACGGCCCAGCCUGUCUGCCGUGCUGGAGCACCCCUUCAUGACCCAAAGCCUGCUGGCCAGGACCAAGGAGCUGAGCCUGGGGGAGCCAGGCUCCAUGGACAGCGGCAUCGCCACCAUCUCCACAGCCUGCACCUCGUCCACGUCCGGCAGCAGCAGCAGCAGCAGCCGCCAUCUCCAGAGGAGAACCAGGCGUGUGAUGGGACCUGCCUUGCCCAAUCGCAUGAUGCCUAUCCCUACACUGUCCCGGCCGUCCAGCAACGCCUGCUUUGAGGGGGUUGAGCAGUGCCAGCAGCAGCACUCAGACAGAGUAGGCAGGAGCAGAGAUGCUCCAGGUGGGGAGAGUGGACGCCCCCACUCCAGGUACCCACGAAGGGCUCACUCCUCAGACCGGUCUAGCUCCUCUGUCACUCCAGCCCAGGGGAUGGGGCAGGCAAAGCUGGAAAGGUGCCACUCUGAGGAGAUGCUGACUGUGUCAGGUAGACUGGCCUUUCCCAUGUCCUCCAGCUACAAGGACACUCCACAACCCUUCGCAGAACAUGGAAGGCUCCCAUUGCCGCCUGUCAAACAGACAGCCAGCUCAGGAUGUUCAUAUUCCACACAACCACCACGUCCACUAAACCUGCAGUUAGAAGAGUCAGAAGGUGUACAAAAUUGGUUCAGUAAAGAAGGCCCGUUUCCGAGGCCCACAGAUGCCAGCUCUCACAGCAGCAGUGGCAGUUUCCAUAGCAGCAGGGAGCCAUUAGGUGUACACAACUACUGGAGUGACAAACCAGCAGGCAGAGGGACCAGUUCUCACCGCAACCACAACCAGCACCACCCCUCAAACACUGAGUCCUACUGGGAGAAUGGGCAACGAGUACAUGGGGGAGAGCUGCAGAGUCUGUCCAAACCCAAACCAAGUAUAGCAAAGGAGAAGUCCCUGAGAAAUGUGCUCCCUCCCCUGUGUGCCUACAGACUGAAACCCAUCAGACAGAAGACUAAAAACGCUGUGGUGAGCAUUCUUGAUACAGGAGAAGUGUGUAUGGAGCUUCUCAGGGGCCAGGGCCCCCAGGAGAGGGUCAAAGAGGUCCUUAGGAUAUCCUGUGAUGGUUCGAUGGUCACUAUUUACCAGCCCAAUGAGGGGAAAGGUUUUCCUGUACUAGAGUGCCCUCCUGCUCCUCCUGAGAACAUCUUGAUCUGCAGCUAUGAGGACUUACCAGAAAAAUACUGGAGGAAAUACCAGUAUGCCUCGAAGUUUGUGCUCCUGGUGAAAUCCAAGACUCCAAAGGUCACCCUCUAUACUAAGUCUGCUAAGUGUAUGCUGAUGGAGAACUCCCCCAAUGCAGACCUGGAGGUGUGCUUCUACGAUGGAGCAAAAAUCCACAAGACGUCGGAGCUGGUCCGGGUGGUGAAGAGUGGGAAGUCGUACACAGUGAAAGGGGAGGUGGGUCUGAGUGGCCUCAGCCCAGAGAGCAGGCUGUAUGUGGAGCUGUCUGACGAGGGCCACAGCAUGUGUCUGUCUCUAGAGGCGGCAAUCACUGCAGAAGAGCAGCACAGUGCCAAGAGCACUCCCUUCUUCCCCAUCACCAUCGGCAGGAGACCUGCCAACCCAGACACCUUCUGCCCUUCGUCCCAGCCUGGCACUGCUGAUGUGGCAUCACUGCUCCAGCCCCCAUGUUUCACUCCCUCUAGGAUCUCCUAUGAGGAGUCUGACAUCACCUCAGCCAGUGUGAACAAAAACUGCUCUCCGCUGUCGGUCAAACAAGACCACACGGCCAACGCAGGGAAAGUCCUCAAGUCUGUCUUUGUGCCAAAUAUUGGUUGGGCCUCACAGCUGACCAGUGGAGAGGUGUGGGUGCAGUUCAAAGAUGGCUCCCAGCUGGUGGUGCAGGCAGGGGUUUCCUGUAUUAUCUACACGUCCCCAGAGGGACGGACCACCAGGUACAAGGAGAAUGAGAAGUUGCCAGAGCUUGUGAAGGAGAAGCUGCACUGUCUCUCCACCAUCCUAGGUCUGUUGGCCAGUCCAGCAGCACGCCGCUGAAUCAAACCUCAGCAUUGCCCCCUUGCUGUUAUAUUGACACAUCCCUGUGCAGCAGGGAGGAGAACUUUCACAGCCUUUAUACUGUGAUAUACAUACCUCUUUCAAAUGUGCUUGUAAAUAUGUUUAUUUUCUAUGUACAGAUGACAAAUUAUGAAGAUAUAUAUUUUGAAGUACCCAUGUUGUACAGCAUCUUGUUGAAGUAGUUGCGUGUAAACUUGUAUUUUCUAUAUUGUCAGUUGUCGAACCAUCAUCUACAUGAAAUGUCAGAUGCUUAAAAGCUGAAGCAAUAAACAUCUGCAGGCUGGGUAGAGUUCAGUCGCACUUUGGUGCUCAGGGUUUUUGUUCUUCAUAAUCAGCAUAAAUGGGUAGAAGUAAAUGUUUCCAGCAAAAACAAACAUUUAAAGGAUGAGUGGUUGUUUACAUACCUUAAGUAUGGUAUCAAGAUACAGGACAGAUGCAUGAGGCUUAUCAUGAGAAACACAAUACAACUUUGGGGGAAUGAAUUUAAUUACUUUUACCAAGAAUAUACAUGAUCUGUUAUUCUGGACUGAAGCACUAGAACAGUAAUAGCAAUUUCUCACAUUUUUUUUUUUAAUAGAAAUCACUUCAGUUAUUUUUCACCCUGUUUUAGCCAUUUAAUAAAAAAGUCACAUUGUAUUAAUUAUUCUUUAGAGAACUUUUACAAAAAUGUAUGUGUAUUUUAUUAUACACACACGUUACUAUAUAUAUAUAUAGUAACAUUUCCAAGUAAACAUUGGAAGUGGAGAGCACAAUGACUGUCAGAGAAAUGAACAAGGUAGUAAGUAGGGGUAAUAUUUCCCAUUUAGAUGCAGAACACAGUAUAUAGAUUGCAGUGUUUCCACAACAUACUGGGCAUGGCUUGGUUAAGACAUUCAAUUAGGAAGGCUUUAGGACCACUGCUACCCAACUCUUGUUCUGGAGGGCAGCAGGUUGAAUGGCUACACUAGAUGGUCAGUCACUCACCUGGUCAUUGGGGCUAAGUAACCUCUGAUAAGCUUGUCAAUUCACUGUGUCAGCCUGUGAUGAAGCAGUGCUUAAAACACCCUAUUUUUACAUAGAGUUGGCAGCCCUGCACUCUUUUCCACACACUUCAACUAGAUGCUAAGGGUGAAGACAGUGACAACUGUAACCUUGGUUUUGAAGAUCAUAUAAUUUGCCAAACCACCAUCUCACUACUCAUGACAAAAAAAAAAAAAAUCCCUUUUGUUCACUUGCUCUUCUCCACUAUAUAAAAAUACACCCCCACACAUGAACAAAAUAUGUUUCAAAAAAAGGAUCUCCCCAUGAACAUUGGGAGAAAAAUCAGAUUUCUUUUUCU